AUGAAUAUACCAUCGGUCGGUUAUCCAUUUGAUUCAGAUGAGGAGAAUUUCAUCACAUUCUCCCAAUACUCAGGUAUCGUAUCUCCUGUCGCACUCGGUUCCACACAUCUCUUGUCUUCUCUCAAGCCACCUACAGGCGAAUUCAUCUUCCUUGAUCCAGAAUCAAAGUGUAAAUUUGAUCAAAUCUGGCAGCAGUUAAUCGAUCGCGCAACAUCCGUCUCGAAAGCGGUCGAACAAGAAACGGUUAAAGCAGCAGAAGAGUGCAACAACUUAUUCCACCAGCCCUCAGGGACCUGGUUACAGCUUCUGUUUCGGCAUGUGUUUCACUCAUUCCCUGUUAUAUCUGAUCCCUUGAACCUUCUGCCUAGCGACUUGCUCAAACUACAAAGACCAACCCCUGUUGUGCCUCAGUUUAUCUGUGACUUGCCGAACAGCUUUCUGACCAUUGUGGAUAACGACACAGGCAAACACUAUAUACAUACACCAGAAGAGACUGUUUCGACUCGCCUGUUUUUACCGAACCAAAACGGCUACACAUUUAUCGGCUUGACCUCCAGACUAACAACUGGGCCGCUGGAGGGCAAUGAGAGUUCGCCACCGCCUGUUCGCUCGACAAGUGAGCGACCAAAUGGAAGAUGGCGCCUUCGCCUACUCAACGGACCUUCUGACAGCCUUUCUGCAAGCAAACCACCUUCACUACGCCCGGAUGGAUAUGGCAUCCAAGAAGAGGGACAUUUGGUCUGCGAUUUUCACGAACAAACCAUCGUUGACUACUACACGCCAAACAAGAACGGCUUGCUCUUUUCUCAAACCAUUAAGGUGUCUAUCCCUACUCUGACCCAUUUCAUUUAUGGGAAGUCUCCUUAA